GGUUCAUACAAAUUAUUGGUCGUGCACUUUCCCCAUUUUUUGUAUGAGAUUUUAAAUGAAGUUGUCAUUUAACCUCAAAUUAAGCCAAACACACCUUAACACCAUUCAAUCAUAAUCAAUAUCAUCAUCAUCAUCAUCCACCAUGGCCAAUAAUCUAAGUGGGUGGAUAAAUCGGAUAUUCCGAAGGUCAUCCCCUUCACCUGCGUAUGACCCUUUAUCAAAUGGGACCAAUCGAAUGCCUGGUGCAUUCCCUACUGGAUCAGAAGGCAAUAAUUCAACUAAUUUACAACCUCAACCUCAAUCACAAUUUGAAGAAGAUACGAAUCAUUUACGAAAUAAUUUUAAUUCUCAUAAUAUCAAUAUAUGGUUUAAGAAAUUAUUAAAUUGGUUCAAUUAUCUUAUUAUCAAACCUAUUAUUAUUCUUUUAGUGGUUAGUUUUCGAAUUUUAUCUAAGAUUCUUAAUGUGAUUUAUUUCAAAGAUAAUGGUGAUGAUUUAAUUUUAAUCAAUAAUCAUAAUGGACAUGGUAAUCAUAGACGGAGUGGAAGUCAUAAUAAUAUUCAUGCUAUAAAUGAUCCUAUUAAUAGAGUUAAUAAAUUCAUUCAAGAUUUAGAAGAUAAUUUAACUCCUGAACAAUUAUCUCAAUCUCCAAGUGUAAAUCAAUCAGUGGGGGAUAGUCAUUUACCUCCAUUUUAUCAAGGUAGUUAUAGUCAAGCAUUAUAUAUGACUACUAAUCGAGCUAAAUUCUUAUUCAUUUAUUUAACUAAUCCCUAUAAUGAAAAUUCAUCUAUUAUAUUUAAAAAAAUCAUCACUAAUGGGAAUUUCAUAUCGAUGUUUCAAACUGAUCCUGAUUUAUUAAUUUGGGGUGGAGAUUUAACUAAUCCUGAAGCUUAUCAAUUAGCCAAUAGUUUAAACGUGACGAAAUUCCCCUUUUUAGGAUUAUUAUGUUUAACUCGAAGUACUACCAUGACUCAAUCUGGACCUGUAAAGACAUCACCUAAAGUUUCAUUAGUUCUGAAAUUACAAGGAGGUUUAUUUAAUGAAGAUAUGGAUAUUAAUCAAUUAAUUAAAAGUAAAUUCCAUAAAAAAAUUGAAAAAUAUGCUCCUGAAUUAUCUGUUAUUAGAAAUGAAUUAAGAGAUAAAUUCAUGAGUCAAGUUUUAAUUAAACAACAAGAAAUCAAUUUUAAUAAUUCAUUACGGAAAGAUCAAUUAAAAAAGAAGGAGAAAUUACAUCGAGAAUUAAAGAAACAAUACUUAUUAUAUAUUGCACCUCAAUUUAGAAGUUUUGAAACGAAUUCAGGUGGUCAAGGAGAUACGGCUAGAAUCGCUAUAAAAUUAAAUAAUGGUAAACGAGUGACAUAUUAUUUCCCUAAGGAGAAUAAAGUAGAAGAUAUAUUCACGAUGGUUGAAUUAAUUCAAGAAGGAUAUUUGGAAAGUAAUGAAACUUUAUUAUUAACUGAUUUAGAAGCUUCCCAAAAAUUUAAAGAUUUUAAAUUAGAAUAUAAAUUUAAAUUAUUAUCACCGUUACCUCCCAGAGUUAUAUUGAAUGAAUUAAUGGAUGAACAGAUUAAGAAUGUCGAUACAGUUUAUCCAAGUGGGUUAUUAGUCAUAGAAGAUUUAUAGGUAUGUAAUAUGUGUGUGUGUGUGUGUGUAUAUUUAAGAUAAUAUAGAUUUAUACAUUAACGAGGGAAAAUGAUUACUACUAUUUAUAAGAA